UUCUGCUGUUUGGUGUUAGCGCGUUACCACCUCUGCCAAGGAGGUUAUGUUUUCAUCGGGGUCUGUUUGUUUGUCUGCUUAUCAGCAAGAUAACUCAAAAACUUGUGGAUGGAUUUCAAUGAGAUUUUCAAGAAAGAUCUGAAAUGAUCCAAGGAAGAAACGUGAGUGAUCCGAAACACUGAAUCGAUUCACGAGGCACCGGGCGGGCGGGGGUCUGCGCUCUCGGAGUGCUUUUCUUUACAAGUGAACUAUUGCUGCUUCCAAUUCUGUGACAUGUAGAGCUCUGUGAACGGGACUGAAGCCUAGAAUCGUAAGCAACACACAUGACAAACAGCUCAGUCUGGCUGAAAAAUAAUCGAACAUUAGUCUGGGGGAGUCUGUUCUUCAUUUCUACUGCACAAGAGGCGUGAUUAAAGACAUAAUUCAAAUGACUCAGUACGCUUGGAUAGUCUUUCAACCAAUCAGACCAAAGACUGUGCGUCUUUUGGAUAAGCGAAUGUCCGCCGAAUAUCCCGAUAUGAAAACAACAUUACCGCACUAGUUGUGAAACUAAAAGAAAACUCUGCUCUGCUGCCUCUGCUCUGCCCACUCUGCUGCGGCUUUUCAGUGUGUGGACUCGGUGUUUGUUAGAGCUAGAAUAUGGCUGAAGCGAUUUCUCAGCAGGAAGAGUCUUGCACAUGUCCAGGGUGUCUAAUUUCUAUCCCGAUUAAAAUCUUUGUUAACUUCAGUUAUGUCUCUGAGUAUUCCUGGCUGAGAGAAAAAACGCAUUAACUGUCCUUUAUAUUUUCACUAAGAAUCUGACUCUGUUAUAACUGCAUAUGACCAACGUGUUGAGUGAACUUCAGUUCAUAUUCUAAAUAUAAAUCUGAUCCAACCAGCUCUUCCAGUGUCUCACUCAGACACACAGGAAUCUGAUUGGCUACUCCCUCAUCCUCACCCUCCCACACCAGCCCAACCAGUCCUCUUCCUGAGAGUUCUGAUGAAGCAAAACAGAAACGAAAACUCAACUCUCCCUCUGCUGCUGCUUCUCAGAGUGUGUAGGCCUACUUGGUGUUUGUUGAGCUAGAAAAUGGCGGAAGCAGUUUCUCAGGAAGAAGAGUCUUUCACAUGUCCAGUGUGUCUGGACCUGUUGAAGGAUCCAGUGACUAUUCCCUGUGGACAUAAUUUCUGUAUGAGGUGCAUUAAGGGCUGCUGGGAUCAAGAGGACCAGAAAGGAGUCUACAGCUGCCCCCUGUGCAAACACACCUUCACUCCCAGACCUGUCCUCUACAAAAACCCUCUGAUUGCUGAAAUGGUGGAGAAAUUCAGGAGGACCAGAAUCCAAGCUGCUCCUCACAAUUAUGCUGGACCUGGAGAUGUGGAGUGUGACGUCUGCACUGGGAGAAAACUCAAAGCUGUGAAGUCCUGUCUGGAGUGUCUGGUGUCUUACUGUGAAACUCACUAUAAAGCUCACAAUGACCUACAUCCAGGAAGACAACACUCAGUGGUUGAUGCCACAGGCCAGCUACAGGAGAGGAUCUGCUCUCGUCACAACAAGGUUCUUGAGAUAUUUUGUCGUACCGAUCAGAGUUGUAUCUGCUAUCUGUGCACGAUGGACGACCAUAAAGGCCAUGACACAGUCACAGCUGCUGCAGAAUGGACUGACCAACAGAAGCAAUUGGGGCAGAGCCAGAGGAGAUUCCAGCAGAGAAUCCAGGAGAGAGAGAAGGAGCUGCAGGAGCUGAGGAAGGCUGUGGAGACUCUCAAGAGCUCUGCACAGACAGCAGUGGAGGACAGUGAGAGGAUCUUUACUGAGAUGAUCCGCUCCAUUGAGAGAAGGCGCUCUGAGGUGAAACAGCUGAUCAGAGGUCAGGAGAAGGCUGAGGUGGGUCGGGCUGAAGGACUCCUGAAGAGAAUGGAGCAGGAGAUUGCUGAGCUGAAGAGGAGAGAUGCUGAGCUGGAGCAGCUUUCACACACACAAGAUCACAUCCAUUUCCUCAAGAAUAUCCCAUCGAUCAGAGAGUCUCCUCGCUCUAGCAUGAUCAUCAACCAGAGUUUCUCUUUUGAGGCUGUGAAGGAAUCUGUCUCUGCAGUGAAGGUGCAGCUGGAGGAGAAACUGGAUGGCAUCUUCAAGCAGGAAGUAGCCAAGAUAUCUGCAGCAGUGACGCACAUCCAGAUCAUCAGGUCUUCAGAAUAUACUGAUCCUGAACUCCCAGUCAGAAGAACUAACAGUAAAGUGAAACUGCCACCAAAGAUGUCUGAUGUCCAUGUUGUUUCUCCUGAAUCAGUGACCAGAGAGGAGCUCUUGCAGUAUUGCUGUCACUUCACACUGGAUCCAAACACAGCACACAGAAUCCUCCAUCUGUCUGAGGGGAACAGGAGGGUGGAGUACAGAGCUGGGCUCCAAUCAUAUCCUGAUCACCCAGAGAGAUUUGAUUAUUGGCCUCAGGUGCUGUGUAGAGAGGGUGUGUCUGGACGCUGCUACUGGGAGGUGGAGAGGAGUGGGGAGGUUCAUAUAGCCGUCUCAUAUAAGAGCAUCAGCAGGAAAGGACGGGGUAAUGAGUGUUUGUUUGGAGGUAAUGAUCAGUCCUGGCGUCUGGCGCCCCGCAGCUCCGGCUCCUAUUUCUAUCACAAUCAUAAAGAGACUCAACUCCCUCUAGUGUCCAGCUCCAGAAUAGGAGUGUAUGUGGAUCACAGGGCAGGAACUCUGGCCUUCUACAGCGUCUCUGACACUGUGACCCUCCUGCACAGAGUCCAGACCACAUUCACUCACACACUCUACCCUGGGUUUAGUAUAUUUCCUGGAUCAUCAGUGAAGUUAUUGUGACUUACAUACAGACACUGUAAGUAAUGCUACACACACACACACACACAUCUCACCUGCACACCUGUGCCACCAUGCCCACCUGUAUCAUGCUCACCUGUGUCGUGCCCACCUGCACCAUGCCCACCUGUUUUUUGGUUCUUUCUAGAUCAGCAGUGACAUUAUUGUGACUCACAUACAGAUGCUGUUAGUAACGCUACACUCAUCCAUUCACAUCUCACAUCUCAGCUGUCCAGAUCCAAAGCCCCUAACCCCUCACACACACACACACACACACACACACACACACACACACACACACACACACACACACACACACACACACACACACACACACACACACACACACACACACACACACACACACACACACACACACACACACACACACACACACUUGAGCAAGGCCCCUAACCCCUCACUGCUCCCCGAGCGCUGCUGUAGCAGGCAGCUCACUGCUCCGGUUGUGUCCAUGUGUGCUUCACUUCACUGUGUGCUGUCUGUGUUCACCAAUUCAUGGAUUACUUUACUAUGUUGUUGUACUCAUAGACUGUACACUAUAUUGUUGUACUCAAGAGAUUUAAAAAAGGAUGUUUGAUGUAUGAUGAAAUGUACACUUGUUGCAACAUAACAUGGCUGUAUCAAUCUCCAAAGACAAACACAAAAUUCUUGAUAUGUGUUGGAUCUUAGGGUGGCAUUUAUAAAGAGUAUGUUAUCACUACCAGAGAUUCUAGAGCGCUUCAUGUUAUCACUACCAGAGAUUCUAGAGCGCUUCAUGUUGUGCAGUUCUGUGUCUCUUAUAGGGUGGCAUUUAUAAAGAGUAUGUUAUCACUACCAGAGAUUCUAGAGCGCUUCAUGUUGUGGAGUUCUGUGUCUCUUAUAGGGUGGCAUUUAUAAAGAGCAUGUUAUCACUA